AUGGUCAAGCAGCUGGGUGCCUUGGCUUCCGGAGAGAAUUCUAUCACUCUCGGUGAGAAUACUGGGAAAUACGAGUCAAAGGUGGUUCUUAACGACGUUUCUGAUUGCCGCAAUACUGUAUAUUUAUCCCUACUAGAUAUAAUAAGUCAUGUGAAGUUCAAUUUCGAUUCGUUGUCUUGCAAGUCUCUACAAGUGUUGUGGGUAUCUCUUGUACAUAUUUGUGCUACUGGACCACCACGUCUCAAAGCGACAUGUGUGCUUCUGUUUCAACGAUUGCUGUCUUUGGAUUUGGGCAACGAAAUUGUUUGCCGACUAGUGUUUGAUGUGAUCAUGGCAACAGAGGAGUUCAUACUCGAACAGAACAAACCGACAGCUGGUUUGCAGGCAUUGCUACAAGCUCACGAGAGCUGCUUGAAGGUAUUAAUGGAGCUUCUAGAGGACAUGGAACAUAAAAGAUCAUUCGAAGGCAUAGCUGUCUCGGUCAUUGUAGGUUGGGGUAUUCGUGCAGCCGAAUUGGGAUUUCUCUAUUCUAUCACACCUGCCCGCUUCGAGAUCGUCACUACGGCCGUUACCCGUCUUCUGAGCCGUCUGCAGGGUGAUUUCAACGAGGAACAUAUGAAUUUGAUUAGUCUUUUAGCUGAUCUUACUCAGAAGCUGGUCGAGCGAUUGCUUGCUCUCGAACCAACCAGUAAUGGCGCUAUUGUUGAGAAUUUGCAUUCAUACUAUUCAUUUUUGCUUAAUGUCGAUCUGAUCUCAUCACAGAAUGUGAGAGGUGGCUGGAUAGCAUCAUAUUGUGAAUCGCGUUGGCAAACUCUUUUGCGAGAUGGAAAACACGGUGAUGCAAUGAAGAUCAGACGAAUCACUACUGCGGCGCUUGCUUUGUGCAACGGCAGAAAUGCAUCGUUGGUCUUUAUGAAUAUUCUGCCGACGGAGCAACAGCUCAUUCAAGUACUCGAAGCUGCUUCUUCAUUGGGCCCCGCGGCAUCAGGAGUUUUUCUGACUGUUUUCGAAAUCGUUGGUGAUUUGGUUUCUCGCCACACCAAAUUUCCCCCGACAGCAUCCGUCGCUUUUCUCUCUUUACCUUGGCUCAUGGACCCUGAGCUGCAACUGCAAUCCAAGCGUCAUAUGACAUCGCUGCCCUUGCUGAGGGAAAUGAAUCGUUUGGCAAAAACGCAUGCUAUUAGUGCAAGCGAUGACGUCUUAGAGUAUACACUGUCCGCUCUAUCAUCCAUACAUGGGUUUUGUGACUGGCGUCGUACUAUCUUGCUUUCGGCAAUGUCUUCUCAUCGUCCAACGUUGGUGCAGACUGCACUUUCUUACUUGGCAAUGUUCGUGUCAUCGCUCGAUGCCGCUUCAUUGCAUCGAUUGUUGACUCCAGCGAUUGAAUUGGCUUCAGAUCCUGGUUUUACGAAUUCCAAAGUGGAUAUAGCAUGCGUCCUUAACGCUCUAUCUCACUCUUUGUGUGCCAGUCAUCCGGAAAGCGAAGUUCACAGCGCGACUGGUGUGACAUGCAGGGCCUGCGAGAGAGUGGUGGCUGGAACGCUGAUUCCUGAACAAGAAAAAGUUCAUCAGCUGCCAGGAUUGUUUGAACUUCUCAUCAAGGUGCUUACGGAUCCAAAAUACCAGAAGGAAAAGCAUAUACGAUUAGAUGCGGCUGGACUGGUGUUAACAGCGAUCUGUCACAUGCAGUGCCCUCCAGGAUUGUUGUACCUCAAAUUGGUUAAAGCAAGUCUAAGUUUUGUCAAUGAUGAGGACGAGGAUGUCAGAAACGUAUUCCAUGGCUAUUUGGUCAGACGCCGCUUGGGCGUGUCGUCCGAGCUGAUUGUGGCGAUUUUUGAUCAGUUCUGUGCCGAGUAUCCUGCAGAAUGUGAGCAGACUAUGAUGGAAGCGUCCAAUCCUUUCCUUGUUUUAGCAGCUAGACACUCAAGUUGUCCAGACCUUGCCGAUCGCUGUCUUCAUCAGUUAUUCGUUCGAGCUUUGCACUUUCUUGAUUCCACGUCAAUAUUCAACGAUUGCAAGAGAACGAUCCAAGAGCUGGCAGCUGAAGAAUUUUCUGACACCCGAGAUACUCGGCGCUUUUUCGCGCGAAGGAAGAGGGCAUUUUGCUCCGACUUAGUGAACGAAAUGUUGUAUUCUUCCUGGAGUACCAACGAAGAGGAGGCGGAUGCUAUCAUCAAUGAGGAGAUCGAUGACUUGCUUCAAGUAGCUCGAGAAGUAUUUGGUUUUGAAAGCGUGGCAGGGUGA